AUGUCGAGCGCGGGCGCGACAGUGAAGGCACCAGAUGGUCGCGUGAUCCUGCAUGCACAUGCCUAUCCGGGCGCGGUGGUGGCUCAUGUCUUGAGGACCCUGGAGCUGGAUGGUUGGAAAGGCUAUCUCAUUUCUGAUUCGGGGAGACGAUUGCUUCUCGAUACUCCAGUUGCGGAUGGAUUUACGUGCACUUUCAUCCAGACGGAGCCUGCGGACAACGAGUGGAUCAGGCGCCAUAAGAAGCUGCGUUCUGCACCUGAAGUGGCACAGUCCCUUUCGGAAAUGCGCCAGCAUCUGGGAACAGAUGAUCCAAUUUACAACCUUGGGCGGACCUCUGCACUCACCACACCUCUCGUGCUGGUGAGCAAGGCAUUCGGCUGCUACGCCAGGCUUUUCAGGUGCCAUUCUCCAAGUACAAGGGACUGGGAGUUCGUGAAGGAUAUGAUGGACGGGAUGAGUGCUUAUUAUGACGACGAACGAGCUCGGCAGCACGCCUUUACUCUGUUACUGGAGAAUUACAUCAACUUCAGCUGUCCUGGUAUGUGCUUUCGAUUCAAGGAAGCUCGUCCGGGCGAGUCCGAACCAGAUAUUUUGGUGGAGGCAUAUGUUGCGGAAGAAUGGUUGCUGAUAGCGAUUGUUGAGGUUAAGCCAGAGAGUGGCUUCAAUGGAGAUCCUAGAGUCGAAUUGGCCAAGUACUAUGCAGAUGCUACGGUUGAGAAGAGACGUAUGCGGCACUGGAGUUUUGAGCGGUCUUGCUGCCCGGUUCUAGCAUUGGAACUUGUUGGUCCGCUUCUGAGAGUUGGCGGUCUUGCUCAUUUCACGGACAAGCCGGCUCACGAGCCGUUUACGCCGUUCCUACACAUGCUCAAGUACCUCCAAGAUGAAGACCACCUUCAACUCCUUUCCAGAGCCUUAGCUGCCAUUCCAGCGACAAUCAGCUCUUUAGUGCAGUCCUACGUGACUCUCAGCGGCUUGCAGGUGCAACACGGGCCGCGGAGGGACCCGUCCAUCGACUUCCCGUACUUCAUCACGGAUGCACGGGCUCCGGUGGUCAUUCGGUUUGUACGCGAGAGUAACUCGCUGCAAACGAGGGAGCAGCAGCUUGUGUUCUAUACGCGGAAUGCUGCUGGUGAACGAAAGAUCGUCAAGUUCUGCCAGAGAUAUGGCUUGCAGGUGCACCAGCAAUGGGCCGAGGAUGGCUAUGCUCCCCGUUUCCAGCACCAGGGUCUUGAUGGAGGCUGGCUGGUGAUUUCCAUGGACUACUAUGCUGCAGAGGAUGGGUGGCGGCCAGUGACAGAGCUCGACCCGCGAGAGAUGGUUGCUGGUCAUGGAAAUGCUGUGGAGGAGGCUAACAAAUACAGGUUGGCGCCUUCGGACUGGGAAGAGUGCAAGAUGGCAGUGAAGAAUGCGUAUCAGGUAUUGCAUUCUCGGUACCCGCUCUGGGUUCACGGUGAUCUAAGGAGGCAAAACAUCUUCUACAAUGUCAAGACUUCCCAGGUGGCCUUUAUUGAUUUCGAUUGGGCCGGCGUCCAUGGCAAAGAACGAUAUCCACUCUGGAUAAAUCCGCUACUACAGUGGCCCCCUAGAGUCAAAGCGGGUGGGAUCAUCCUUGCUGAGCAUGAUCAACAGCUCCUUGAUAUUGAGCUUUGA